AUGUUCCGUGUACUUGCGGUCCUGUCGAUGCUCAGCGUUGGCUGUGGCCUGGUGCUGACCGACAAAACCCAGCCCACCGUGAAUGCCAGCGAGGACGACACGGUGGAGCUGGCGGCUGAGAAGGCCGACGAAAGCAAGACACAGAACCCAGUCCCUCCGGCUGGGCUGAGCAAGAAGGAUCAAGACGAUUUCCAAGACACGAUGCUGGAUGAAGGCGAAGAAGAGAAAGAUGAAAAGGAUGAUGCCACAGAGGCAAAAAUUAAGCAGCAGGAGAAGGAGGCUGAUGUUACAAACAUCAAGGACUCAGAUGAGCCGAUGGAGCCCGCGGAGGGUGACGAGCAGAUGUGGCAGGACUUCGACAAGGUCCAAAUCAAAGUAGACCAUGUUCUGGAUGGCAGCGGUAUCCUUGAACGGGAGGAGGUUGACAGCCUGCUGCUUUCUCCUCAGAUUUCCAGUCACUCUGCAGAAAGAAGGAAGCACAUCUGGAAGACGUACCAGGUUCAAAAGCCGCUGUCUCCGGAUGUCGUCCAGAACGUCCUGGAGGAGUUGGACAAAAGCAAGGAUGGCAAGAUCGUGCAGGCAGAGUUCGAGGACCUCUACGACGACCUUUGGGAGGAGAUGUCGCAGAUGUAUGCGGCAUGCCUGGCUUUGCUCGCAGCUUUGGGCGUCGUUCCGGGUCCAUGGCAAAGACAGCCGAACGAUGGAGGCAUAAGUUGCAUAGCAGUGCCGAAAGAAUCGAUCAUGCUAGUAGUGAACAGCGAGUGGGACUUGGAGCUCGUUGCCUCAGGAGGCUACCAGAUCACCCCGGCGGCCAUGGCCGUCGGGACCUCAAGUGCAACUGCUACCCUCCGAGGCUUUGGAUCCCUUUUUGGAGCCCAGAGAAAAUCAGGCACCGUCGCUCCCGCCGGGCACUAUGCUCCAUGGCCAGGCCUUAGAUCCACUGGUGAUUCGGGGGGUUUUGGGGGGGCUUGGGGUUCUGGAUGCCUGCUUUGCACUCUGCAGGUGCCGAGCUCCUUCUUCCAUACCUCGCACGGUCGCCUGCUGAAAACAGGGGCCUUAAUAAUUAGCUAUACUGUUUUGGGAGUUCCUUAUUACAGUUGUAGUAUAAUAUGCCCCAAAACCCUGCCAGAGCCGCUGCGAGCUGAGGUUGGUGGGCGCAGCCCCCGGGUGCCAGCUCCGGUCCUUGAGCUUUGCCUCACACCCCGACGGAAUCAACCCUUCAAGAAAUUGGGAGGGACCAGACGAAGGAGGAGGGUACAGGGCCUGGAGAUGCUUCCUUCAAGCCUGCAAGUUGCGCACCUCCAUGGACGCCCUGCAAACUCUGCGUGCAGCUGCAGAGCCAAAGAAAUUCGAUACUUCCGGAGAUGUCCAUCUGAAAAUAUUUCACUCGGCCAAUGA